ACCGAGAUAACUAUUUACUAUUUCGCAGGAAGCUUCUGCCCCCCACGAUCGGAAUUCCUCCACAUAAGGCUGUGGUGCGCGGUGAUCGCCAGCUUGGCGCGCACACACACCCUACUGCGUUUGCAUCUCCUGCGUCUUUCUACUGCUGCUGCUGCCGUGCGUGCGGACUGCGGAGGAGAGGGAGAGGCUAAGCCAUGGCGAAGGGCCACGUGAUGGUGCUGCCCAUGCCCUGCCAGGGCCACGUCGUGCCGCUUAUGGAGCUCUCGCACCGCCUCGUCGACCACGGCUUCCAGGUCACCUUCGUCAACACCGAGGUGGACCACGCGCUCGUGCUCGCCGCCAUGGCGCCGGGCGGCGGCGCCGCGCUGCGCGGCAUCCACCUCGCCUCCAUCCCGGACGGGCUGGCCGGCGACGAGGACCGCAAGGACCUCAACAAGCUCAUCGACGCCUACUCGCGCCACAUGCCGGGGUACCUGGAGAGGCUCGUCGGGGAGAUGGAGGCGGCGGGAAGGCCCAGGGUGAAGUGGCUCGUCGGCGACGUCAACAUGGGCUGGUCCUUCGAGGUCGCUAAGAGGCUCGGCAUCCGGGUCGCCUCCUUCUGGCCGGCCUCCGCGGCGUGCCUCGCCAUCAUGCUCAAGAUCCCCCAGCUCAUAGAGGACGGCGUGCUCAACGACAAGGGAUGGCCGGAGCGGCAGGAGACGCUGCAGCUGGCCCCGGGGAUGCCGCCGCUGCACACGUCGCUGAUGUCGUGGAACAACGCCGGCGCCCCCGAAGGGCAGCACAUCAUCUUCGACCUCGUGUGCCGGAACAACAAGUUCAACGACCUCGCGGAGAUGACCGUGUGCAACUCGUUCCAGGAGGCGGAGGCCGGCGCGUUCAAGCUCUUCCCCAACAUCCUGCCCAUCGGCCCGCUCUUCGCCGACGGGGAGUUCCAGAAGCCCGUGGGCAACUUCCUGCCGGAGGACGCGAGGUGCCUGAAAUGGCUGGACGCGCGGGCCGACGGCUCCGUCGUCUACGUGGCCUUCGGCAGCAUGGCCAUCUUCGACCCGCGGCAGUUCCAGGAGCUGGCCGAGGGGCUGGAGCUCGCCGGCCGGCCGUUCCUGUGGGUGGUGCGCCCGGACUUCACCCCCGGCCUGAGCCAGGCGUGGCUCGCCGAGUUCCAGCAGCGCGUCGCCGGCACGGGCAUGUUCGUCAGCUGGUGCUCCCAGCAGCAGGUCCUGGGGCACCGCGCGGUGGCAUGCUUCGUGUCCCACUGCGGGUGGAACUCGACGAUGGAGGCGGCGAGGAACGGCGUGCCGGUCCUGUGCUGGCCCUACUUCUGCGAGCAGUUCCUGGACCGGAGCUACGUCACCGACGUGUGGCGGACCGGCCUCGCCGUGACCCCCGGCGAGGACGGCAUCGUGGCCAAGGAGGAGGUGCGGAGCAAGGUGGAGGGGGUCAUCGGCGACGCGGGCAUCAGGAAGAGGGCGUCCUGGCUCAAGGACGCGGCGUCCGAGUGCAUCGCCGACGGCGGCUCGUCGCACAAGAAUUUCAACAAGUUCAUCGACCUGCUAAGCCAAUGAGCGAGUGCCAUGCACUGUAAUAAUACUCCUAUGACGGUAGUGCUGUGUGUACGUGGCGGGUGUGGGUAUAGCUUAUGCGGUUUGGAGCAAUGCUACGCGCACGUACUCCCUUCGGUCUUUUUUACUCUGCAUAUAAGAAUUGUCUAAAAUCAAAUUUCAUAAAGUUUGACCAUAAUUAUGUGAAAAAAUAUCAACAUCUACCAUGGUAAAGUAUGUGCGUGUAGCAUUGCUCCGGUUUGUGACGACUGACAUCACCGGGUCAGUCAAGUAUUUUUCUAGUUGGGUCAAUCAAGUUACAAGAUUGCAAGAUCUGUUGAAUUUUUUUCUGGA